AUGGACGGAGAUCUAAGUUUAUCUCAAUCCUUAGGCGGAUUGAGGAUAGCUAACCCUGAUGAUUCCUCCUUGAACUCGGAAGAUGCGACGGCGCCGACCACAGCAACUCCAUCGAUCCCGUCGUCCUCACAGACCAUAUUACCUCCUUCCGAUCAUGACCCCAUCAACAAACACGUCGAGACCUCAGUUCACUCAUUGCCAUUACAAGAUGAAUACAAGUCUGGAUACGUACCAGACUCAACGCCAGAGCUAUCGAGCUCAUACAGAUCUCAAAUUCUUCCCCCUACCGAUUCGGCACCCUCCCAUCGAAAUGCCACAUACCGCUCAUCAGUCGCCUACUUGCCCGAGAACCCAAGCUCGAGUCAACACCUCCAGAAUAUACCUCGCUCUGCCUCCACCCAUGUGCAUAACCAUUACGCCAACGGAUCCGCGUCGGCCGCCGCCCGAGAUUUGAACAAUUACCGUAUACGUACAGAUUCUUCUGCAUCGGGCCCGGACAGGAUGUCCCGAACGGACUCGAGAGGCGGCUCCGUAGCCCUCCAAGCCGGAGUGCCUUCAAGGGAUAAUAGUCACAGCGAUCGAUCUUAUAAGCAAGCUCAAUACCUCGCCGGUAAUGGACCCAUACCUCACCGAAAGGGCUCGCGAAUGGGGCACAGCAACCCUGCAGGCUCGCCAUAUGCGCUAGAAAAUGGCCCACCUGCAAGUAGCGACGACUGGCAAGAUCGGGGAGCUGCGGUUGGCAUCAGACAAGAAGUUGAUGCCAACGGCAGGACCGUUUCUCGUUACAUCAAGAAGGGUGUGCGGGAUUUCUCUUUUGGACAGACAUUGGGCGAGGGUUCAUACAGUACGGUUUGUCUGGGAACCGACCGCCAGACAUUGAACGAAUACGCAAUCAAAAUCUUGGAUAAGCGACAUAUCAUCAAGGAAAAGAAGGUCAAAUAUGUGAAUGUUGAAAAAGACGCACUGAAUCGUCUCACGGAUCACCCGGGGAUUGUCCGGCUAUAUUAUACUUUCCAGGAUGAACGUUCCCUCUACUUUGUCCUUGAUUAUUGCAAAGGUGGAGAGCUCCUUGGAGUACUCAAGCGCAUGGUGACAUUUGACGAAGAAUGCACACAGUUCUAUGGUGCUCAAAUUCUCGAUACUAUUGACUAUAUGCAUAAGCGAGGGAUUAUACACCGCGACCUUAAACCCGAGAAUAUCCUAUUAGAUAGCCAAAUGCAUACCAAAAUCACCGACUUUGGCACGGCGAAGAUCCUCGAUACAUCAAAGCAGGCAGAAAAUAGCCUUGGAGACAUUCCCUCCUUGGACUCAACCGAUCCUCCAGUACAGGAACGGGCUAGUUCGUUUGUUGGAACUGCUGAAUAUGUUAGCCCGGAAUUGCUCACGGAUAAGAACGCUUGCAAGGCCAGUGAUCUUUGGGCUUUUGGCUGUAUUAUUUUCCAGCUUCUCGCCGGACGACCACCCUUCAAAGCCGCCAACGAGUACCUAACUUUUCAGAAAAUCGUUGCUCUUGAAUACGAAUUUCCUACGGGCUUUCCCGCCGUUGCACGCGACCUAGUCGAGAGACUUCUUGUAUUAGACCCGGCACGUCGUCUACCUAUCGAGCACAUCAAAAACCACCAAUUUUUUGAUGGAAUUCAGUGGGGCCGGGGGCUCUGGAAGCAGAAAGCACCACGUCUGAAAGCUUACGUUCCUCCCCCGAGGGAGCCAAUCAAACUAUCAGGUGGAGGUGAUGAAGACAGUUUCCCUCCAAACAUCUCCUCCGCUCCUUCUGGUAUGGCCACCGCUAAGUCUACGAGGGCUUACCCGCGUGUAAUCACGGAACUGCCUCCUCCCAGUCAACUGGACAUCGAAUGGUCGCCAGUGCUAAAGAAAGAUAACGAGCGAAUUCUGAAACUAGGUAUCUUGACUGUGAUGUCUUCCCACGCUUCUCACAGUCCGGGCAGUAAUGGCAAUGGAGAUUCGGAAACACACCGGAAGUUUUCCAGAUUCUUUGGUGGAAGUACGACGAAGAAGAAGCAGAGACUUGUGAUGAUCACAUCUCAAGCACGAAUCAUCCUCACGGCCGCUGGUGGGGAUGAGAAGAGGGCGAAACUGGAAAUCUCCCUUUUGGCUCCUAAAACCACAUAUCGGAGCACAUUAGAUGCUAAGGGUUCUGCAUCUUGGAUUGUCGAUACGCGAGAUAAGCAUUAUGUGUUUGAAGAACCGAAAACUAGCUCUUCUGGCGCCGCGUCAUCAGCAAAUUCAAUACAGGAAUGGAUCGAUACACUAGACCGAGCCAGAGAACUGGCCAUAUCACAACAAAGCAGCGCAUACUCUGGCGAUGAGUACCGCGAGCUUUCGUCGGGAUUUUCGAGUCAAGCAAAUACCCUAGACCAUAGCGCAGAUCUACAAACCGAAGUCCAACCAUCCGUGCGAUCCACUCUCCAGAAGAAUACAGGAGACAACGAAUCACUCAAAGGAAAGAAGCGAUUCAGUAAACGACAUUCCAAAAACGGCCUAGCUGCAGUGUUUUAA